AUGCCCUUCCAUCCAGUGAAGUUAACGGCAGUUCAACUACAUGGCGAGCGACAGCCAUACUUGGAUUCAAAGCGGAUCGGUACUCGCCUCGGAACCGAGCUCAAAGAGAGGAUCAUGAAGGCAAUGCAAAAUCGACAAUCAGCGGUCAAGAGUUUGCUUGACAGCUUCAACGAGCUUCUUGGCGAAUUUAUUGAGAAAUUUCCCAAUCAGCAGGCGUGCGACUCAUCACUCUACCCUCUCGAAUACAGAACGUUCUCUCAGUGGCCUCUGGAUCACCACUUUUGGAACGAUGGAUUGUACAUGCGAUGCAAGGAACCCUGGGGAAUUGAUCCAAACGUUCGAGCUGGAAUCAACUGUGUGCUAAUUCUCAGUCGUGUACAAGAGGAAUUUCAACUCAUUGCCCAGGAGUUGGCCAGGGCAAUAGGGUGGGCAGUCGCAUACUACAGUCGAAUUUCGGACCGUAUCACCUACAUUAGCAGACGAAUUGGACUGUUGGCGAACGAAACAAAUACAUCUGAAGACAUCGAACUUGACUACAUCGACAAUUUGGAGCUUUGCGGCUUGAGUCGCUUAGAUAAGUUACGGGUGAUUAGGAAAAUACUACGACAUCAUCGUUCAACUCAUGCUACAUUAGUGGGCGAGUGGCAUUCGCAUGUCAUGUGGCUGUGUAGCCACUGUCAGCCAGCAAACAAUCGAAUCGCAUUACAGCAGCAAUGGCAGCAGAUGAGGCAUGAAAUUCGACGCGAUCAAGCGGAGUCGGUUGUGGUAAACACAGGCGAAGUGGAUGCGGCACUCGAGGAGGGUGUUCUGGAGGUUGGGCAGGAUGAUGGAGAAGAUGCUGAUGGUAAUUGGAUGACCGAUGAAGAACUUGAAGACAACCAAGAAGAACAAGAUCAAGAUCUAAACACAGAGGAGUCUCCAGCUCACACAGGAGAUGCUGGAGUCAGCGCAGAGGUGGGUGAUCUUGAGCAGUCUUCAUCGCUUGUAUGA